AUGAUUGGUUCAGUUACUAAAUUAGAAGAAUCUGUGAAUCCAAUGGAUGCUACAAAUAAUGAAGAAAGUGAGAUAAGAGAAAACCUUGAAGAGGGUCCUGUGGCUAUGAUGGAUGAGGAAGUGAAUAGAAUAGCACCUUGGAGGAAACAGAUAACAGUUCGAGGAUUAAUAGCUAGUUUUGUAAUUGGAGUCAUGUAUAGUGUGAUUGUCAUGAAACUCAAUCUCACUACUGGAUUAGUCCCUAAUCUAAAUGUCUCUGCGGCUUUACUUGGCUUUGUGUUUAUUCGAAUUUGGACUAAGAUUCUUGCGAAAGCUAAGAUUGUUUCAAUUCCGUUUACUAGACAGGAGAACACCAUCAUUCAAACUUGUGCUGUUGCUUGCUAUAGCAUCGCCGUAGGAGGUGGUUUUGGGUCUUACCUAUUGGGGUUGAAUAGGAGGACUUAUGAGCAAGCAGGGAUUGAUACGCCGGGGAAUACUCCUGGUAGUACUAAGGAGCCUUCAAUUGGUUGGAUGACAGCAUUUCUAUUUGUGACCAGUUUUGUUGGACUUUUAGCUUUGGUUCCUAUUAGAAAGAUUAUGAUAAUAGACUACAAAUUAACUUAUCCAAGUGGAACUGCUACUGCGGUUCUUAUUAAUGGAUUCCAUACGCCUAAAGGAGAUGUCAUGGCCAAGAAGCAGGUUCAUGGAUUCGUGAAGUUCUUUGCAUCGAGCUUUGUCUGGGCGUUCUUUCAGUGGUUCUUUACAGGUGGAGAUACUUGUGGAUUUGUUCAAUUUCCUACUUUUGGAUUGCAAGCAUGGAAAAACUCAUUUUACUUCGAUUUCAGUAUGACUUAUGUUGGAGCAGGAAUGAUCUGUUCUCAUCUUGUUAAUUUAUCAUUACUUCUUGGUGCUGUGGUUUCAUGGGGCAUCAUGUGGCCAUUAAUCAGAGGACUAAAAGGAGAAUGGUUCCCUGCAAAUAUAAAAGAAAGUAGCAUGAAGAGUCUCAAUGGUUAUAAGGUUUUCAUUUCCAUUGCCUUGAUUCUUGGUGAUGGCUUUUACAACUUUGCCAAAGUUCUCUAUUUCACUGCCACAAAUAUCCACGCCAAUAUGAAAAAGAAGAAUCUUAAUCAUACAUUUUCCGGUAACCAGAAACAGUUACCUCUUGAUGAUCUAAGACGCAACGAAAUGUUUGCGAGAGAAAAUAUUCCAAUAUGGUUGGCUUGUACAGGAUACAUAUUUUUCUCCGUCAUCUCUAUUGUUGUAAUCCCGUUGAUGUUCCCUCAGGUGAAAUGGUAUUUUGUCCUGUUUGCAUAUAUUUUUGCGCCUUCUCUUGGCUUCUGCAAUGCUUACGGUGCUGGAUUAACCGAUAUGAAUAUGGCCUAUAACUACGGAAAAGUAGCUCUCUUUGUCCUUGCAGCUUUGGCUGGAAAAAGUGAUGGUGUAGUUGCUGGACUUGUAGGGUGUGGUUUGAUUAAAUCAAUUGUUUCGAUUUCAUCUGAUUUGAUGCAUGAUUUGAAGACAGGCCAUCUCACAUUGACUUCACCGCGUUCGAUGCUUGUAAGCCAAGCAAUUGGUACGGCAAUAGGUUGCAUUGUUGCUCCUAUCACAUUCUUCCUUUUUUACAAGGCUUUUGAUGUUGGGAAUCCAGAUGGUAUUUACAAGGCUCCGUAUGCUAUUAUAUAUAGAAACAUGGCAAUUUUGGGCGUGGAAGGUUUUUCCGCACUUCCACGUCACUGCUUGCAAUUGUGCUGUGGAUUUUUUGUGUUUGCAGUAGUGGCUAAUUUGGUGAGAGAUCUUGGCCCGAAAAAAGUCGGGAGAUGGAUUCCACUUCCAAUGGCUAUGGCUGUGCCUUUUCUUGUUGGUGGUUACUUUGCCAUUGACAUGUGUGUGGGAAGUUUGAUUGUGUUUGCAUGGCAUAUCUUGAACAAAAGUGAAGCAGGUUUGAUGGUUCCUGCAGUUGCUUCUGGUUUGAUUUGUGGAGAUGGAUUAUGGAUUCUUCCUUCAUCCAUUCUUGCUUUGUUAAAGAUUCGUCCCCCGAUUUGCAUGAGCUUCUUCCCAUCUAGGUAG